UUAUAUCCUACCUACCUACCCAUUCCUUCUCUGCCUCACUUUCUCAUUUUCAAUGGCCAAGAAUUCUUCUUCUUUCCCAACAUACUUCAUAGCCUUAUUCAUCAUGAGCCGCCUGAUCCCCACCAUUGGAUACCGCCUCCGCGACGACCCCGAAGCCAUUAUAUUAGCUUCCACUGAUUACGGCCACAUCCACAGCGAAAACCCAGCCGCCGUUCUCUACCCUUCUUCCAUAAACGACAUUUCGUCCCUCAUCAAGUUCGCCAACAAUGUUUCCGUGCCGUUUGGCGUGGCUGCGAAAGGCCAGGGCCACUCGACACGGGGACAGGCCAUGGCUCGCAAUGGGGUCGUGGUCGAAAUGUCGUCCCUGCGAAACCACCGACCACAACACGGCUCCUCCGGAAUCGAAGUAGUUUCAACCACCAACAAAGACGAAGUGAAGCUUUACUACGCGGACGUCGGAGGCGAGCAGCUCUGGGUCGAUGUUCUGCAUGCCACAUUAGAACAUGGACUUUCACCGGUGACGUGGACGGACUACCUUUACUUGACCGUAGGAGGGACGCUGUCGAACGCCGGAAUCGGCGGACAGACGUUUCGGUUCGGCCCUCAGAUCAGCAAUGUCUACGAAAUGGAUGUUGUCACUGGAGAAGGGGAUUUUGUGACUUGCUCCCCAAACAACAACGCAGAGCUUUUCUAUGGGGUUCUUGGAGGGCUAGGUCAGUUUGGGGUUAUAUCCAGAGCCAGAAUUGCACUAGAGCCAGCACCAAAAAGGGUCAAGUGGGUGCGAAUGCUUUACAGUGACUUCUCUGCGUUUUCCAGAGACCAAGAACGUUUAAUCUCAAUCAAUGGGCGACAACAAAGCAAUGCCCUUGAUUAUUUGGAAGGCUCAAUACUAAUUAACCAGGGUCCCCCGGAUAAUUGGAGGGCUUCCUCAUUUUUUCCUCAAUCCUCUCACAACAGAAUUAUUUCCAAAGUAAACAAACAUGGGAUCAUAUACUGCCUCGAAGUGGUCAAAUAUUAUGACCAUCACACUGAAACCACUGCGGAUAAGGAGCUCCAAAAUCUAUUGAAAGGAUUGAACUAUCUUCCUGGAUUUAAGUUUGAAAAUGAUGCGUCGUAUGUCGAAUUUCUGAAUAGAGUUCGAAGCGGAGAGCUAAAGCUUCAGUCAGAAGGACUAUGGGAUGUCCCUCAUCCGUGGCUUAAUCUCUUUAUUCCAAAAAGUCGCAUCACGGACUUUGAUCUUGGUGUGUUCAAGGACAUUGUUCUGAAGAGAAAUAUUACCACCGGACCUGUCCUAGUUUACCCCAUGAACAGGAGCAAGUGGAAUGAGAGGAUGUCGGCCGUUGUACCCGAAGAAGAUGUGUUUUACACCGUAGGAUUUUUGCAUUCAACUGGGUUUGAUGAAUGGAAGGCAUUUGAUGAGCAAAAUAAAGAGAUAUUAGGGUUUUGUGUUAGAUCUGGUAUUGCUGUUAAGCAGUAUCUUCCCGACCACAAAACACAGCAAGAUUGGAUGAAUCAUUUUGGCUCCAAAUGGAAAACCUUCCAGAAGAGGAAAGCACUAUUCGAUCCCAAGAGAAUACUUUCCCCUGGGCAAAGAAUUUUUCAGAUUAAAGAAUAAAUUUAAUCCUACCAAGCAUGUAUUGUAGGGAGCUAAGAAUUUAUCGAAAUGGUCAUUUAGAAUUCUAUUAAGUUAGUACUUAAUUAGUAGAUAGUGUAUUAAUUUAAUUUAGCAUGCAGAUUGUUUAUAUGUAUGAAUAAUAUAAUAUAAGUUAAUUUACCAGGAAUCUCAACGCA